AGGAUCUUGCGACUGCGCGGGCAAACGACAACGAAUGAUCAGCAUCUACAGUAAAGCCCCAGGCUUGUGGCCUCGGAACAUUCCGAUCAUUUGUCUACUCUGUGUUCCAUCUCGGCUCUUCACAUCCGCUAACUAUGUGACCAUCAAACAGAACCCAGUAUUCGAAGCCCAUCGAUGGACGUCACCGAUCCUGCCUACGGCCUAGGACCGGGAAGUCCGGCGUAACAGAAUGAAAUAGACCAUCCCGACAAGGCUGUUACCAUUUAGACCACGGACCACGAACCACUCGCUGUCCGAUUUGUCCGGUCUCGCCGUCCCUUAGCCUAGCUGAAGGCUCACGGCGUCAUACACAUGUUCCUUGUGACCACAAGAUUUAUCCUAAGGUUUCGCCACCUUUGCAGGUGCAAGAUGGCAGAUCCGCUGUGCGGUGCAUCAGGGUCCCUUGCCUUCAUCACCGCGACUGUCUAGUCUAUCAAGGCGCUUUCUAGGGCGCAAAGCUUCUUUCGGGACCACUCACGGAUGUUCGCCAUCAGCAAAAUGAGCCUGGAGGUCUCGGCUGCGUCCUCUGGUCCUCGCUUCCGCCUGGGAUUCUGCUGUCUAGCAGGUGUCGAGUUUUGGCCACUAGUCGUCAGCUGCACCGCACACACCGACGGUGCCGAAGCUAACUUGCGUCACUCACCGACGGCACACUUUAUGGAGACUGACGCUAGGGCUUGACGAACAAGCAUUUGGUAUAAAGCGAUCAUCUCCCAUGGUAUUGAUCAACGCUCCGACAUAGCCAGCUGGAAAUUCGGCAAACAGGCUCCGACGACAGCCCCGUACGCUCGUCCGGCAGAUGCUGCGCGAGUGUAAGACGAUGACACCAUCUACCAUACAGGGCCUCGAUGACCAUCUCAAUGGGAUUAACCUUACGCUACAAAACCCCCAUACUAGCCCCCGCUCGGUAUUUCCACCAGCCGACGCUCACCGACUCGAGAAUGAACAAGAACGCACAAGGAUGUGUCUCGAAACGUGUGCACAACGGCUUGCCGACAUCAACAAGCUGAGGCUUCGGUCUCUAUCGAACGGGAAGCAGGCCAACGAAGACGCAGAGGUGCUUUCAGCUGAAGCCAUAUCUUGGGCUGAUACCGUGACCCUUCUCGCCUUGGGGGAGUGCAGCGAAAGGUUGAACAACGUGCUCCUCUAUCUACGGGCAAACGAUGGACAAGGCACACGACGCCUAUUUGCUGGAGAGGCUCCAGAUGUUCGCAAAUCAGCCCCAGGCGCCGAUGGCCAGUUCCGGCGACGUGUUUGUGAGUCACAUAGCACCAUGCGCGGAGUCCACGUGGUGGAGGACGUGAAGGUGGGAAUGGGCGGGCAACAAAUGCUGAUCUCGUCACUCGAUCGCCUGUUUGAGGCGAGGCGCAUUACUCUAGACGAUGGGGCAGUACAAGUGAUCAUGUCAACCUCAGAUGCCUCCGUACAGGAGUUCUUUAGGACUCGUGUGUAACGUAGCACUGCUCGUUACGUCUCAACUUCUGGGUGGCUUCCGCGGACGCUUUCUCGGCAGCUGUAGACUUGCCGUAGCCAGAAUCCUUAAUACUGAUUCUUCUUCAGA